AUGGAUGGAAAUCUUAAGAUAUCGAUUGACACGCUCCCAAUCAAACGCCUAGAUGCUAUUGAAGAAAACGGCGCCGAACGCUUUCCUUCUGAUGUGGAUUAUGUUGAGAAGAAGCUAAAUUUGAUAAGGAGAAUAGACUUUGGGUGGGCAGUGGAGAGAGAGGAUCCCAGUUUGCAGAACUCCGUAUGUCCAGACUGUCCAGUUGAUAUCUCACCCCACUUGGCAUUCUCGGACGUCUUCAUGGACUCUAUCAUUGAAGUUCCUCAGUCAAUUCUUCACGCUGGAAGCCAAAUUCAAUCAUCUGGCACUAGCAAUGUGAAGAAUGUAAAAUCUCAGUUUUGGACUAAGGUGGUGGUGAUUGAUGAAUCUAUUAUUGUGGAAGGGGAAGGUAAUCAUAACGUUGUUGGCCUAUUUAAUGGAAAGGCCGAGAGCACUUGUCCUAUUAACAGAUACGAAUGUGACUUGGCAGGUCUUCCUAUAAUACUCCUGCAGCAGUUUGCUAGUCAAGUUAUUCAUUGGCUUCAUGAGGAAGCCCUCAGCGUCGGUAUUAAAGUGAAUAGAGACUUCUUAUCGUUGGCAUUUGAACUGGACCAUGGUGAAAUAGCUAGUCUGGUGGUUCAUGUAGACCCUGAAGAUACCAUGGGAUGCAUCUCAUGGUGGUUGAUGAUAGAUGAUGGAUUAACCGAGGAUCUCAAACUUCAUCCAGGCCUCUCAAGUGGUGAAUCUGAAAGCAGGAAAUUUUUAGGUCAUUUAUCUCUGGACUUGUUGUACUCUACUCUAUUGGAUUUUGUGAACUUGUGUAGCUGUUAA